UUUGUCUUCUGUCGAGUAAAUCUGAGUACGGAUUGUGCUGAUAAAAAUAAAUUUAAUAAAAAUACUAUGUUUUAGUGGAUAGAUAUAUAUACAAAGGAUGAACUAACACAAUAUGGCACUAAUAUCUAACUCUAUAAAAAUAUUAUUUCCUAGUGUGCCAAAAGAAUGUCAAGAAUUUUACUUCAAAGGUGUUGUAAACAAUUCGGAGCAUGCAAUUACUGUUUUUAUCACCAAGUACUCAACAAGCACGAACUUACUAUUCGAUCUGAAUGAAAAAACAAAAAAUAGCAUUUGUGGUUACUGUAGUAGUAAUGUGUCUAACAAACUAAAGCAUAUGUCCAACUUACUCGUAUUAGACCAGUGUUAUCCUCAUCGAAUAAACAAAUUAGUGAUAAAUGGAAAACGUAUAAAUACAAAUAACUUGGUCUUUAUGUUAUAUGAUUAUGAUGUUAUGAAAAAAUCGCAAAUCAAACUUGAUGAUAGUGACUUCUUAGAUCUACAAAUUUUAAUACAAAACGAAAAUGGGCGUACUAAUGAAACCAGCCCUUACACAUCAAAUUUAACUACACCGUAUUGGUUAACUUCAUCAAUGUUUCUACAGCAUAUAUUAAAUUAUUUAAAUUUAGCAAGAUGGCUUGUGAUUACUAUUAGAAGGGAUAAAAAAGUCUCAAUUAAGCAGGGCAAUCUUAUUUUAGCAAUUAUAAUGGAUAUAAUACUUGGAUAUGUUGCUCUACAGUUAUUGUCUCAAGAUAAAAGAGACAUAAACUCUGCACUUAUGGGAGUAUUAGAGAAACUUAUAAAUUCUCUUUACUCUUUAUUGAGAUGGCUCAUGGGUGCUCCUGUUGGAUUGAAACUAAACAAUGCAUUUAACAAUAUGUUAGGGAGAUAUUUUUCCUAUCAUGUUCAACUAUGGUGGUUGUUCCUAGGUAAAUAUUUACCUAUGUUUCGGCGAAAACUGGAUACAAUAAUACAUGUUUAUCGGUACAUGGGCUAUUUAGGUAUUACUUUUCAAACGGCAGUUAUAUCAGAUUUGAUAUGUAUUGCAACAUUUCAUUCUUAUUGUAUAAUAUAUGCAGCCAGACUAUUUAACAUGCAAAUAAGUGGUUUGAUUGCAUUAAUGAGAUUAUUCGUUGGACGGAAAUACAAUCCUUUGAGAGGUGGCAUUGAUUCGUGUGAAUAUACUAAUCAAGAACUGUUUGUAGGAACAGUUGCAUUUACCAUUUUGUUAUUGUUGUUGCCUACAACAGCACUCUACUAUAUUGUGUUUACUAUGUUUAGAGUGCUUUCACUCAUGGUGCAGCAUGUAUUGGCCAAGUUGAUAUAUGUGGUCCAAACGUUACCUAUUUACGUGACGUCACUCUGGGUAAUGCAGAGUCCUAAAAUAGCGGGAAAUAUUCUAAUAGAAAUAUUACACAAAGAAGAAGCUUCUCUGAUAUUAAAAAUAAAAUUAUUUAGUAUAUCUUUGGGCUCGCUGAUCACGAGUUACAAGCCUCCAGUAGAAGUGCCAACACGAGUCGAAUGGGCAAACUUAAUAUCAAAUGUUCUCGUCGGUAAACAAAUAAUAUAAAAAUAAACAAGAAAACACAGAAUAUUGUUUGACAUGUUUUUAAUAUUGUUCAAUAUUAAUAUUGCGCUGAAUUAAAAAUUGUUUGGUCGCCACACGCGUGAUUGUAUAAAUGCUAUUUAUUUAUAAAAAUAUUUGCAGCAAACAAGGUAAAUACGAUUUACAGAUACGUAAAUAAAUAGAAACGGUUCUUGAACUAAUAUUAUAUUAUGAGCAGCCAUACAAAAUUCUUGUUGUACGUAGUUAUCUAAUAAGUAAUUAUUCUAUAGCACUCUUCUGAGUGGGUUAAUCGGAGCCCGAGACAAAAACCUACCUUCACAAAACAUUAUGUUGAUUACUUUAUGUGAAUUAGAAUUGACUAAAGACCAAUUUCAAUAAAGGAUCCCAAUCGAUGAUCUCUGAUUCAUACAAAGAAUGAAC